AUAGAAUUCUUGCCAAGAAUCAAGAUUAAAGUAUACAAUUCUUCCCCCCACCCCACAAAAAAAAAAGAAAAUCAAAAUCCAUCUCAUGACUUUCAUGCUUUCCUAUGUUAGAAAUAUGGGCUGUGUUCUAUAAUUUGUCUUCCCUUCUGAUUCUUGUACACUUUGCCUUUGUUCUAACACACACAGCUUACUCUUUCCUCUCAUCAGUUCUCUUUGCAUUGGUUUUGUUCUUAUUACAUUAAGGUAUAGAAACUCAUGGAGGCUGCUACGGAUCAUGACAACAUAAGUCUUCGGGUUGCGUCGUUUUCUUGCUACCUAGACACAGCUAAAGAGAACUUGGUGCACAGAGUUUCAGCUCAAGAGGCUCCAAUUAUAUUCAAUUCAGGCAAAACUAAACCCCCUACCCCGUCCAGUGCCAGCUUCUCAUACUCAAAGGUCAGCAAAGAUAAUCUUAGGGUCGACUCGUUUUCUUAUCUCAACACUGCAGGAGAGAACUUUGUGUUCAACGUCCCGACGGGGUCAAUUCAAGAUCCUACUCCUGCAUUCAGCUUCUCCCACGAAAUCCCCACAGACGGUCGGGAGAUCAGCGUUUUUGGAGCUGACAAGUACUUCAACAUGAAGUUGGAGUAUCCCGUGAGGAUAAAGCGCGAUUCCAAGGCUGAAGGGCCUGGAAAUCUGGCCCGAGCUGGAUCAAAUAACUCCAGGUCAAUAAGACCUCCAAGUGUGUGUUCUGAAUCUGAAGCAAGUACCUGGAAUAGCCAAAACGCCUUGCUCCGGAAUAAUUUCCAGGCCCGAACAAAGCAGAAAAGGGCCGUCGGGAGAAGAAUUCUUGCUGGAUUUGGCUGCCAGGGGCCUUGUUUCGACAAGAAAGCUGUUCGUGUCAAUGAACUCAUUGCACAGGAAGCGCAUUACGGCUCAAAGCCUAUUCGAACGGGGUCAGAAAGAAUCGAUCAUCUUGCGUUAAAGCCGGUCCCCAAUCCAGGGACAGGGAAUUUCACAGUGAAGAAGCAGCUGCCGGGGAUCGAAAAUUUAGAAGAAUCAAGAGAUUCCAUUGAGGUUUUUGGCUCUGCAACCACAUCAAAAAAGGGAGAUAUAGCCACAAAUAUGGAGAGAAAACUGUCCAUGCUAACUUGGGAUGCCAUCCCAAAAGGCCAAAAUCCUCCAACUUCUACAGUUGGGAGCGGCACCAUUUGUGAUGAUAUGGCUAGUGAUGCCAGUUCGGAUUUAUUCGAAAUCGAAAACAUAUCAGGAUCCAUGUAUCCCGUGCAGUUAACAGCAGGAACAGCAGCAGAUGAUAUGUCCAUUUGCAUGAGUCCAGCAUCACAGUACGCCCCGAGUGAGGCCAGCAUACAGUGGAGUGUUGUCACUGCUAGUGCAGCAGAUUACUCCUCAGUCCUCUCGGAUUACAACGAUGAAAGCAGCGUCAGUGUUAUGGGCGACAAGACAUCAAGGAUCCAUGCGACGGUAGCCAGAAACCGAGGGGGCAAAGAGGCGCAAAAGAGCCGACCCGGCGGCCUUUUAGGGUGCAAGAGCCAUAAAGCAGUGGAUGUUGCCGAGAAUGUGUGCCAUAAGAGUAAUGAAAAAGCAAAGCAUCAGGGCCUCGAUUUGCCUGCCGGAAAAAAGGUUAAUUUUUAGGAAGUUUACUCAAUUAUGGGUUUUGAACGAUCACAACAAUCCACAUACAAGGAUUAAAGGUGAUUUUCGUUCACUAACUAUAAUCAAAUCUCAUUUUAGUUGUUUAAUUUUUUAAAGUUCCAAAAAGAUCCUUUAACUUUUGAAAUUGCUCAAUUUUGGGACAGUUGCCGGAUUUUGUCCAAAGUUGUCGGAUUUUGAAAUGCUACGUCAGAUUCAGGUGUCAUGUUCCGGCGACUUUGGACAAAAUCCAGCCACUAGUGUCUCAAAGUUGAGCAAUUUCAAAAGUUAGAGAACCUUUUUGAAACUCUAGAAAGUUAAAGGACUAAAAAGAAAGGAAAAAGUAUUAUUUUAGUCCGCUAAGUAUGCUUAAUUUUAAUUUUAGUUCGA